CCAGGUGCAGCCUGGACGCUCCUGGCCGGGGCGGGGGUGGGGCAGACGCAGCUCGAUGACCCCCAGGUGGACGAUGUGGCCCAUUGGGGACACCCGCUGGACCUGCACCUGGCCACCAGGGGGCUGCAAGGGUGGCCGAAGCUGCUGCUCGAGGUGUGGCACGUGGACGCGUGGGGCCGGCGCGGCCUGGCGGGCUACGGCGUGUGCCACGUGCCCAGCGCGCCCGGCUGCCACCGCGUCACCUGCGUCACCUGGCGCCCGCGGGGGACGCGGCGCCAGCGCCUGCUGGGGACCGGGGGACCCGAGCUGCGCGUCCCCGAGGUGGCCGUCACCAGCGCCGGGGACCGCUUCCGGCUGCGCACCGAGGCCGCGGGGACGGUGACGCUGCAGCUGGGCGUGCUGGCACGGAACAUGGCACGCUUCGGGGUGGCACUGUGACACUGGGGACAUUGGGGACACCAUUGGGGUACGGGGUGAUGGGGACAUUGGGACAUUGGGGACAUGGGGACGGUGACGCUGCAGCUGGGCGUGCUGGCACGGAACAUGGCGCGCUUCGGGGUGG